GGGCCGAUGACAUUGGUCGAACUCACUUGGAAAGCACUCCCCCCCAGACCUUGCAUUAUUCCAUUCCGACGAGUCGCUGCUACUGGAUCCUGAUAUGGACUACUCCAAAGUGCAAGGGUUGAGCGAUGAGGUGAGGGAGCGCUUACAGAGGGUCAGGCCCACGACUUUGGGUGCCGCCAAACGCAUGGAAGGCAUGACUCCGACUUCUGCGAUCUACUUGCUAAAGCAUGCCAGGAGGACAUGGCGAGCGACUGAUGCACGAGAACCUAUCAGAGAAGAGCAAAUUGAAGCGGCACAUUUUGCUGAUCACCGGCCUCUUUUGAAGGCUGCAACUGUAUAGAUAUCUUUUCGG